ACAAGCUGUCAAAAAAGGUCAUCAAAAUAUUGUGGCUUGCUCGGAAGGAUUUGCAGUGUAAAAAGUUUUUGAGAGAAAUUGAGCAAAAAUGACUACAACAUUGGAAGAUAAGUCAAUCUGGGAGGAUUCAGAGGAGGUCCUGAGUGAGGAAGUGCUGCGGAUGCCUACGGAUGAGAUUGUAAGUCGCACCCGGAUGAUGGACAAUGAAAUAAAGAUCAUGAAUAGUGAGGUUAUGCGGAUCAAUCAUGAGCUGCAGACUCAAAAUGAUAAAAUAAAGGAAAAUACGGAGAAAAUAAAGGUCAACAAGACAUUGCCGUACCUUGUGUCCAACGUGAUUGAGCUACUGGAUGUGGAUCCGCAGGAGGAGGAAGACGACGGGGCUGUUGUUGUGUUGGAUUCUCAACGCAAAGGAAAGUGCGCUGUCAUCAAAACUUCCACAAGGCAAACUUAUUUUCUUCCCGUAAUUGGGCUCGUGGAUCCGGAGAAAUUGAAGCCCGGUGACUUGGUGGGAGUCAACAAGGACUCCUACUUGAUUCUGGAAACCCUCCCGGCUGAGUAUGAUGCACGCGUGAAGGCAAUGGAGGUGGAUGAGAGGCCAACGGAGCAGUAUUCAGACAUUGGGGGGUUGGAUAAGCAAAUUCAGGAGCUCAUUGAGGCUGUUGUUUUGCCAAUGACGCACAAGGAGAAAUUCAAAAAUUUGGGCAUUCAUCCACCAAAGGGGGUACUCCUGUAUGGACCUCCUGGCACCGGAAAGACCCUCUUGGCUCGUGCUUGCGCUGCCCAGACCAAGUCUACUUUCCUCAAACUCGCUGGGCCACAGCUUGUGCAAAUGUUCAUUGGUGAUGGAGCUAAAUUGGUGCGGGAUGCCUUUGCUCUGGCCAAAGAAAAAGCCCCAGCUAUCAUCUUCAUUGACGAACUCGAUGCCAUCGGUACGAAACGUUUCGACUCUGAGAAGGCUGGAGAUCGUGAGGUACAGCGUACUAUGUUGGAGCUUCUCAAUCAACUGGAUGGAUUCAGCUCUACGACGGACAUCAAAGUUAUUGCUGCUACAAAUCGUGUGGAUAUCCUCGAUCCGGCUCUUCUGCGAUCUGGUCGUUUGGACAGGAAGAUCGAAUUCCCCCAUCCCAAUGAGGAAGCCCGAGCACGUAUUAUGCAAAUUCACUCGCGUAAGAUGAAUGUGAGUCCUGAGGUGAAUUUCGAGGAACUUGCACGCUCCACGGAUGACUUCAAUGGGGCCCAAUGCAAGGCCGUUUGUGUGGAGGCGGGUAUGAUUGCCCUAAGACGCUCAGCCAGCUGCGUAACACACGAAGACUUUAUGGAUGCGAUCAUGGAGGUGCAGGCAAAGAAGAAAGCCAAUCUCAACUACUAUGCCUAAGGAUUCUAAUCCUUCAUUAUCUGCUACGCUCCUCUUUUUUUAUAAAAAAAAAUAAUUAAAAUAAUAAAUUUGUCGUGUAAGAAAUAAAAUAAAAUACACUCAUCUUUC